GAGUAGAAGUGGAAACGAUAGGGAAAGGGUACGCGCAGCGCAUUCACCGAGGGAGUGCGAGUGAGCGAGAGAGAAAGAGAGGAGGGGAAUGAGUGCAUGAGAUAGGAACAGCUCUAUCCACGAAGAAGGAAAAGUCGGAUAGCCUAUCUGGCAAAUCAUAUUCGAUAUGUCGAGUCGGACAAGAACGGGCUUUUAUUGUCAGGAUGUAAACAAAACUACCUGGGAGGUUCCGGAACGGUACCGUGACUUGAAGCAGGUGGGCACGGGGGCGUACGGCACAGUAUGUUCGGCAGUGGACCGCAGGACAGGAACGCGAGUGGCCAUCAAGAAGCUCCACCGGCCGUUCCAGUCUGAGCUCUUUGCCAAGCGCGCAUACCGGGAGCUCCGCCUACUGAAGCACAUGAAGCACGACAAUGUCAUCGGACUGCUGGACGUGUUCACCUCUGCAAUUUCACUGGACAGGUUUCAGGACUUUUACCUGGUAAUGCCUUACAUGGGCACAGAUCUGGGGAAACUUAUGAAGAUGGAGCGUCUUUCUGAAGACAGAGUGCAGUUCCUGGUCUAUCAGAUACUGAAGGGACUCAAGUAUAUCCAUUCAGCCGGAAUCAUCCACAGGGACCUCAAACCAGGGAAUCUGGCAGUCAAUCAAGACUGUGAGCUCAAGAUCCUGGACUUUGGGCUGGCACGGCAAGCAGACAGCGAGAUGACGGGGUAUGUGGUGACCCGCUGGUACCGCGCACCUGAGGUCAUCCUAAACUGGAUGCACUACACUCAGACUGUGGACAUCUGGUCGGUUGGCUGUAUCAUGGCAGAGAUGCUUACAGGAAAACCACUCUUCAAAGGAAACGACCACCUGGAUCAGCUGACCGAGAUCAUGAAGAUCACAGGGACUCCCACUCAGGAAUUUAUCACCAAGCUUCAGUCUCAGGAUGCCAAAAAUUACAUUAAGAGCCUACCCAAAGUUCAAAAGAAAGACCUGCAAGAUCUCUUCUCCAAAGCCAACCCAGAGGCGGUUAGCGCGCUGGAGCGCAUGCUCGUUCUGGACCCUGAGAAGAGGGCGAGCGCGGCAGAGGCGCUCUGCCUACCGUUUUUCGCAGAGUUCCGGGAGCCGGAUGAGGAGACGGAGGCACAGCCCUACGACCACUCGCUGGACAACACCGACCUGCCCCUGGAGCAGUGGAAACGCCACACCUUCACAGAGAUCCUGACCUUCCAGCCCGCGGUGGUGGAGUCCCGGGAGACGUCACUCUGAGGGGCGGGAGUCAUGCGCUGUCCCCUCCCUCUGCGACGUCACGUUCCGUUACGCUCCCGCGGUCACUCCCGCUGGUGACCCUCUCCGUGUCACUGUUCACACGCACAUGGCCUGAUCA